CGUGCGAGUGUGCGUUAUGCCUGCAGCUUCCCAGACAUCAGCAGCAGGUUGAGAUUAGGCACGCACAGAGAAGGAAAGAGAGAGAAGGAGAGAGGCACUCCUUCACUACACCCAUUAAGGGAACUUUACGAUAACCAGCUCUGCCCUACCAGACCUUGGAAUGAUGUUACCAGGUGCCAGGCCCUUGCUGUUAUGCAUAUUGUGUCACUUGGCAGCUUCUUGGGCUUUCGCACGCAUGUCUGACUCAACAGAGCUGCGCUCUGCCUUUUCCGUCGCCCGCACUAGCAGCAUGGAGGGUGGCCCCAAGAUGGUCGUCACCUUUGACAAGACCUAUGUGAACAUCGGUGGUGACUUUGAUCCGAAAACAGGCCUGUUCCGCUGUCGCAUUCCCGGAGCGUACUACUUUUCCUUUACGGUGGGGAAGUUCCCACACCGCGACCUCUCUGUAAUGCUGAUGAAGAACCGCAAUGAGGUGCAGGCAAUUAUCUACGACGAGAACGCUGGCUCCGAGCGCAAGGUUCAGAGUCAGAGCGCCAUGCUGCAGCUCGAUUUCGGAGACACCGUCUGGCUCCGCCUACACGGUGACCCACAUUACGCAAUCUACAGUAACACAGGCCACUAUACCACAUUCAGUGGAUACCUGAUCUACCCAGAUGUCUACACCUUCCAGGAACCGGAGAGAAAAGGAACUUCUGAGGAGAACCAGGUCCAUACCCCCAAGCAGGCAGGCCAUGAGGAGGCUGCAAAUACAGAAAAGAAAAAUGAGGAAAUUAAAGAGGAGAGGAGGGCUGAGGAAGAGGAGGAGGAGGAAGAGGAUGAACAGAGGUCUGCUUUCUCAGUAGGUCGCACCCAGAGUAUCGUGGGAGUGGACAGAGCCUACCCAGAGCACAAGCCAAUAACAUUCGACACGGAAUUCGUCAACAUCGGCAGCGACUUCAAUGUGAGUGGUGGCGUCUUCACAUGCCGUGUGCCCGGUGCCUACUACUUCUCGUUUAAUGCCGGCAAGCUACCCCACAAGACUCUGUCAGUGAAGCUGAUGAAGAACCACCUAGAGGUGCAGGCCAUGAUCUAUGAUGACAGCGACACUGAAAAGGCCUUACAGAGUCAGAGUCUGAUGCUGCCGCUGAAAAAAGGGGACACAGUGUGGCUCUAUAGUCACCAAAGGGAUGGAUUUGGAGCCUACAGUAACCAUGCCAAAUACAUCACCUUCACCGGAUUCUUGGUGUAUCCAGAGCUCCCCCACAAUGAGUCACAGCUACGGAAGCUGGAUAAAGUGCUGUAGACUGAACCAAGUCACUGGUCUAUGUCUGUCCAUGUGUGUGGUCAAGGAAAGCACUUAGUUGGGCGUGGGUCACACCCAAGUAAACCCUUUCCUUUAACCCACUGUUGUGAACUCUUGCAGGGAUACCUUGUGGUCCUGUUCUGUCUUUUUUACACUCUGUGUUUCUGUAAUUUCUCUAGUUUGGUCAUUUUUUAAGGUGAAGAAAAUAUGAUACAAGUACAAAAGCAUAAUAACAGAUAAUAUUGUAAACCAAAUUAACAGUUUGGGCAACAAAAGAAGUGUAUACGUGUAGCAUCAGUGAUCCCCAAUCAGACCUGUACACUGAAAUUGGUGUCAGGAGGAAUUUAAAAUCAUCGAGAUGACAUUUUCAACAUGCUCAUAGGUAAAUCCUAGACCAUAGUCAAUUAGGAUUGCAUCCAUUCUACAAUUAGCUGAUAAGUGUCAAAAAUGACAAAAAGUGCAGAUCCCUGACCAUCACCGUCUAGUUUCAAAGUCCUAAAACUGCAUGCAACUUUAGCUUACAACUUUUUGCUUUUGCUUUUCCGUUUUGUGCAUGAGCAGUUUGCAUGUGUAUGCUAAUACUGUUGACCACUACUUUGACUAAGACUUCCCUUGCUGAGAUUGCACCUGCUUUUUUUGGUGUCACAAUCCUUUAAAAAAGGUGUAAAAUGAAGGUUAGGCAUUGCUGGGAUUUCCAAUUCUCUGUGGAGUUUUUUAUGCAAACAGAAUUUUAUGCUUUUAGCAGAAGUAACCACAGUCACACUGAUUAUCUGGCUAAGAAACAAUUCCUAAUUCACUUAAAUGGAAACAGUUUGUUUAAAACCACAAGUUUUGCUUGCCUUGCAUGCUAAAGUGAAAUUUUUAAUAUAUAGGUAGAAAUGUGCAUACUUCCAUUUUGCAAAAUACUUGUCUGUUUUCCAACCAUUUCUAUUCAAGUGAAUGUUCAUUUUUAUUGUGUGAUCGAUUUGCACUGUAACACAUGAUCAUAAACAGAAACGUCAUGAACAGGCUGUAAAGGCAACGUUGUGUGUGUUUGUGUUUGUGAAGCCUGAGCUUAUGCUUAGGGAGACUCUGUACUAUGUUAGCAGUGUUUAAUGGAUGCUUUUGUGAGCUACACCAAAGCUCAAAGCAAGCAAACAAUAAAUUUUUAAAAAUUAUAUAUAUAUAUAUAUA